CGCGAGGGGACCGUGCCGUGCGGACGAGCCCUGGCCGAGGGGCCCUCGCCGGCUGCCACAGGGCUUUGGGGGUCCCCCAGCGCCGCAGGGCUCUGCCCCACACCGAGGAGCAGCGGCGGCCCCGGGCUCUUCCCUCCUCUCUUCCACGCUCCGCUGCUGCCGUAAGCCGAGCUCAUGGCACGCUCCUCUCUGCCCCCACGCUGUCCUACGUGAUGUUUUCCCAGUGCUCCCAUUCACAGGAUGCCCCAGGAUCCUGUUUCCCUGCCGGGCUCAGCUCCCCCGUUAUUCCCUGCUCUGGCUCAGCUCCUCUCUCCAGGCUCCCUAAGCCACGAUGCCGCUGAGGCGUCGCAGUCUCCCCUUGUGGCCCGGGGCAGUUGCAUGGGCACGGGGACACCCCAAGCCGCUGUUGCCCGACUAGCAGAGCCGCUGGUGAAGACCCCGGUGAGCCGGGCUGGGGGCCAGGUGCACGGUGUGGCUGCGGUGGCUGUUUGCCAGCGAGGAUAAGGAAGGAGCGGGCAGGCGUGGGAGGCGCUGCCUGGCCAGCUCUGGCCCCACGGUGGCCCGGACCCCCCCCUGCAUCCUCCUCUCGCCAUGGGUGAGAUGCCGCACAGGGCACUUCCAAGCCUCUCCGUCAUCGCUCCUGGGCUGGGGCUGGACCUUCGCUGCCUGGCCAUGCUGCUGUUCCCGCUGCUCCUCGGGGCCACCCUGCUGUGCCUCGGCAGUGGCUCCUACCAGCGCCCCUUCUACAACGGCUUCUACUACAACCACGUCAUGAACGACAAGGGCGACAGCCAUGAAAAAACGGCGUACUUCAACGGGGCCAAGCUGGUGGUGGAGACCGCCAAAGACCCCGUCUACAGCUUCAAUGGUGCCAAUGUCACCUUGCCCUGCCACUACCACUACGAGCCUGACCUGGAGUCCAAGCGCAAGAUCCGCAUCAAGUGGUCCAAGUUGCGGGACGACUACACCAAGGAGCAGGACGUGCUGGUGGCCAUUGGCAAGACCUCCGUGGCCUUUGGGGACUUCCAGGGCCGUGCAAGCCUGCAGCAGGCCGGCCGACGGGAAGCCUCGCUGGUGGUCAGCGACCUGCGCCUGCAGGACGAUGGCAAAUACCGCUGCGAGGUGAUCGAUGGGCUGGAGGACGAGAGCAACGUGGUGGACCUCCGGCUGCAAGGCAUCGUCUUCCCCUACCAGCCUCCCCGCGGCCAGUACCGGCUCAACUUCCACGAGGCCGAGCAGGCCUGCCGGAAGCAGGGCGCCGUCGUGGCCACCUUCAGCCAGCUCCUGCAGGCCUGGAGCGAGGGGCUGGACUGGUGCAACGCGGGCUGGCUGGCCGACGGCACCGUGCAGUACCCCAUCCGGCUGCCCCGCAAGCCCUGCGGCGGGCUGCACCUCGCCCCCGGCAUCCGCAGCUACGGCCAGCGCCACCGCCACCUGCACCGCUUCGACGUCUUCUGCUUCUCCUCCACGCUCAGAGGGGAGGUCGUCUACCUGGAGCGCCCGGCCGGGAUGACCUUGGAGGAAGCCAAGCAGGCCUGCCAGGAUGCCGGUGCCGAGAUCGCCCGCGUGGGACAGCUCUACGCCGCCUGGAAGUUCCUGGGGCUGGACCGCUGCGAUGCCGGCUGGCUGGCGGACGGCAGCGUCCGCUACCCCAUCGCCAAGCCCCGGGCCAACUGCGGCCCGGCAGAGCCCGGCGUGCGCAACUUCGGCUUCCCCCGCACCGGCCGCUUUGGGGUCUUCUGCUACAAGGAGCGAUAAGGAGCCGCCCGACGCCCGCUCGGCCGGGGGACGUUUCAGCCUGACGGUGCCCGGUGUUUCCCGGGGCAGUUUCUGGGGUCACUGGGGAGGGAGUGUGUGUUUGGUGGGGGGGGGGGGGAGAGAUACUUCUUUUUGUUUUAUUUUGUUUUCUUGCUUUAUGUUUUCACACUUCUCGGAUGCAGCAGGGCCCUGGGCUGGGGCAUCUCGCUCAGCAGCCGCCCGCUACCCUGGCCGGGGCAGCGGGGCCACCCUGUCCAUCGGCAGUGCCGGUGCCUGGCCCCGUCAGACAGCCCCAGCCUGGGCCGGGCACGAGGACGAUGGCCGCCCCACGGUGGUACGUGGGCUAUUUCCACCCUCCCCCCCCUUCUUAGCCACCUCCACCCACGUGGCCUGGUGGCCCUGUCCCCACCAUGGCAGCCCAGCUGGAUGAGACCAGCUCAUGCCUGUCCCCAGACCCGUGGGGGGGUCCAGCCCCAUUGCUGGCCCCCAGCAGCCAGGCAGGAGCUCGCGGGGUGCAGCGAGGCGCUCUGGGAUUUGGAUGCAGGCUGGGACACGUGGGAGCAGGCACAUCCCAUCAUCCCGGCCCCGCUGACCGCCCCGGCGCUGCUGGAGGGUGCCACGGCGCCGGUCCCGGCGGGAGCACCCUGUGCCUUACUCGCCGUGUGCCCCUCGCCUGGGUGCUGCUUGGGCACUGGUGCCUUGUUCUUCAAGUGGUUUGUUACGAAAAGAUGUAUUUUCCUGGACCUCUUCUAAUAAAGCGUUGGAGAAAGGCCUGGA